GCGCGCGGGGCCGGGCUCUGUCACUGUCUGCCUGCCGGCCCCAGAGCUGCGCCGCCUGCUAGAUCCCGGGACGCGGCGCCCCGGGGGAGGAGGGCGAAGGGACGCGGCGAUGGCUCCGCGGGGACUCCCAGGGUCUGCCGUCGUCGUCGCCGCUGCUGUCUUUGUGGGAGGCGCUGUGAGUUUGCCGCUUGUGGCCCCGGAAAAUGGUGGCAGCCACACGUUGCACUCCAGAGCAGAGACGACAUCAUCGCCCACUAACAACACUGGGAGUGGACACCCAGAAUAUAUCGCCUUUGCGCUGGUCCCUGUGUUCUUCAUCAUGGGCCUUUUAGGGGUCCUCGUCUGCCACCUGCUUAAGAAGAAAGGCUAUCGUUGUACGACAGAAGCUGAGCAAGACGUGGAAGAGGAAAAGGUCGAAAAGAUAGAGUUGAAUGAUAGUAUAAAUGAAAAUAGUGACACCGUUGGGCGAAUUGUCCACUAUAUCAUGAAAAAUGAAGCAAAUGCUGAUGUUUUAAAGGCAAUGGUAGCAGAUAACAGCCUGUGUGAUCCUGAAAGCCCCGUGACUCCCAGCACUCCUGGGAGCCCACCUGUGAGCCCCGGGCCCUUGUCACCAGGUGGCACCCCAGGGAAGCACAUCUGUGGCCACCAUCUACACACAGUGGGCGGUGCUGUCGAGAGGGAUGUGUGUAACCGGUGUAGGCACAAGCGGUGGCACUUCAUAAAACCCACCAACAAGUCUAAAGAAGGCCGCCCAAGGCGUCAAGGAGAGGUCACCGUGCUCUCUGUGGGCAGGUUUAGAGUUACAAAAGUGGAACACAAGUCAAAUCAGAAGGAGCGGAGGAGUUUGAUGUUGGUUAGUGGAACCGAAAGCGUCAAUGGGGAGGUGCCUGUGACACCUGUGAAGAGAGAACGAAGUGGCACAGAGUAGCAGGAAUGACAUUAUUUGAAGAG